AUGCCUUGGGAUUGUAAUUUCAACCAAACAGAAAGACAUAGUGAACUUGACGCCGACAACUCUUUGAUUCCCUAUCCAACAGACCAUCAUGAAUCUACUGUAUUUGCCCUACCAGAAACCCUAAUUCCUAACAACCCAACCUUUAUCCCCACACUUACCUCGCCGGUCUACGGAUUCCAUGAUUACUCGCUGGAUCAACCCAGAAUGCUGGAUCAUACUAUAUCUUCAUCUCACCUGAUUCAAAUGCCGAGCUCUGAUAUUUCUGCUCUACCAGUUUCGAGUUCAAACAAGACGAGGGCUCAAAACGUGACUCCGACAAAUGUUAUUCCCUCUCAAGAGCAGAUGGCAACCUAUGAUCAAGCUACUCGUGUCAAUGGGCAAACUGCAGAUAUUCAGGCACCUUUUCCAAUGACGGAUCUCUAUGGCGGCAUAUAA